AUUCAAAUUGUCAGUGAUAAUCAAAAUUUCAAAGAAACCGACAGAGAACUAAAAAUGUUAUACAAAAUUAAUAGUUGAUUAUAAAAUGCGAUGCACAUUAGCGUUUAUCCUGUUGUUUGUAUUUGUAAACCUGUGCAUCUGUCGGGCAGUCAAUUACUGUGGAUCUAAAAUGUGCGGCCAUACAAAUUCACAUACAUUUUGUCAGUAUCCUUUGGGUCCCAGUCCAAGAUGCACAGGUUACAUGGAUGCACAUUUAUUGGCUGAGGAGAAGCUACGGAUCAUGGCGCGACUUAACCGAAGACGGAAUGAGGUUGCUUGGGGCCAGCUGCGGCGGUUGCCGCCCGCUGGAAAUAUGCUUAAAUUGCGUUGGGUGGAGGAGUUGUCUCGCGAAGCCCAGCGGUGGGCUGACCAGUGUCGACCGCCAAGUGCACCGGACGAACGGGAUGCAUGCAGAGAUCUAUAUUCUACGUCGGUGGGCCAGUGCGUGGCAUCUGUGGUGGGCGAAGCGCCAGGACUUCGCGUGGAAUCCAUGAUCGACAUUUGGUACAUGCAGAGUAUACUGUACAAGGGCAACGCCACCUCAUAUGUCGCCCCUACCACCAACUCUAGUUACUACGGUGAUUUUGCUCAAAUUACGUGGGCACAUACGUAUAUGGUGGGAUGUGGAAGAAGUAGGUUUAUGGUUCCACGGAAUGGUCGACUUCGAAGUGUGGAAAGACUGGUAUGCAACUUCGCGCCCCGUGGUCCAACAGCUGGACAAGCCUUGUGGAUACCGACGGUCCCCGCCACUGCUUGCCCUCCAAGAUCUUUGCCUGAUAUUGUGAUGCCUGGACUUUGCAAUUAUCUGUACAAUUUAGAUGAAUCUAACGAUAUUGAUAACACAAUGUCACUGGAAGAACACGCGCUUUUGAAUACAUUACUUGAAGUAGAAACUAAUGAAGUAUUAAACUACUUGGGUAGCAUAGACGAGUUGUACUUAACUAAAAUAGCUAUAGCAACAAUGGAGAAUUCCUUAACCACGUUGUCAUAUUACAAUUCAAUGCAUAAGAGAGAUAUAAUGGAGAAAAUAAUACGAAAUGAGACGACAAAUUUAAACAAUAUCAUUCCGAAUAAUAUCUUACAUGAGAAAUCAAAUGCAACUAUGAAUAUGUCAACAUUUAUAGAACCUGUAACUAAUAUUUUUAAGGCCAAGAUGGUUAAUUUAAUAGGACGACCCAAAUCAUACAAUAUUGAAGAAUGAAAUGAAAUUGGUGAUUCUAUAAUUACAGAAAAUCAUCUUGACGGUCCGGAUAAAAGUGUGUCUUUGGUUGAAAGUAACUUAUACGGAGAUUAUGAAUAUGGAGACAAUCAAGACAACCAAUCGAUUGGAGAUGAAGCUACCACUAAGACAAUUUCAGAUAAUAUGAAAAAUGAAUUAGAAACAGUAGAAAACAUUAUAGUUGCCACUGCUAAUAGAGAGAUAAAUGAUUCGUCAUAUACAUCAAUCAACAGUGUUAAAGAUAAUGCAGAUAUAAGUAAAAUGUAUUAUGAAUCUGUAGAUACGAAUAAAUCUUUACAAAUACCAGAGUUAUCACUAAUGAAUAGUACUAACGUAUCUUUGCUAGUGCAUAAAAAAGAUGAAGACUAUGUUUCGGAUUCUGAAACCGUGAGUGAACUACAAGAGGCGUUAGACCGUAUGGAGCAAUCAUUGGAAACGUCUACGGUUACAUCUAGUAAGGUUAGGCGUGAGCUAAGAGAGUCACCAGGCCAAGUAGAUGCAAACAAUGAUCAAAUUAUUCGUGACGCGUAUCCUGAUCCAGUUAAAAAAAGACUCGCUCCACCACUUCAAGAAAUUGAUAGUAAUAAAUCAGCAGUAGAGAAAGCACCAAUGUUGAACAUGGUGUUACGUUAUAUGCCAUAUUUGAAACCUUAUGAACACAAUAUUUUGGAAAGUGUAACAUCAGGAGCUAAUGUAAUACACUUUAAGUGUUGUAAUUUUUACAUUAUAUGUUUAGGAUAA